AUGUGCCAUGUGGUAAACACUGUUGACAAAUAUCCUCAAUCAGCACCUGCGAGUCCAAGCAAGUCUGUGGGAAUAGAAGAUGGAAAUUUGUACGAAACAAUAGGACCUGCGCUAAACGUCGGUAGAACUAUAGCAAUAGAGGCUUGUCAAGAUGUCGUUGAGGUUCUUUAUGAAUUGAGGAACGAGUACAUCAAAUUCCCAACAACGGUGGCUGAGACAAUGAGGUGUAUAGAGACAUUUACGGACAAAUCACGACUUCCAAACACUGUUGGAGCCAUAGAUUGCGCAUUUGAUCAUAUAGACAGUGCUGUUGAUUACUUUAGUCGAAAUCAGCAACAUGAUUUUAUAAUUCAGGCCGUUUCUGACGGUAAGGGAUUAUUCCUUGACUUUGCUACGGGUUAUCCAGGAAGUCUUCACGACGCUAGGGUAUAUCGAAACAGCUCUCUUUAUCAAAGAGCAAGCAACGAAGAUAUACUCAGAGAACCGGUUGAAAGAAUCGGUAUUACAGAUAUUCGCCCUUACCUAGUAGGAGACAGUGCAUAUCCUAUUUCCCCAUGGCUUAUGAAGCCUUAUCCUGAAGCCACGCGUGACCCUGGCGAGGUAACGUUCAACGAUUACGAUGAUGACCGCAGAAAUGAACAGAACAAUGACUUCAUGCAGGACGGGGAAGAUAUAAGAGAGUUGCUAAAAGACAGUCUCUGA